GGCCGUUCUCUGAGUUGGGCUCCAGUCAUCCCAUUGUCACGAUGGCUCGGACCUGGAGUAUAAAUACCACGGCGAUAUGGCCUGUCCGCUGCUUUUGGUGGCUUUGCUCCUGCAGUGGACGAGAGUCGAAGACUUUUGACAAAGGGGGCAAAGAUGUUUCUGACUGGUUUCUAUCUCUGGCCUCUCUUGGCGGGCUAUGCCCUAGCCGGCAAUACUGCACCCUAUCUUAACAAGACAGGCCAAGCGACUCCAUAUGCCGUUAAGAAACCCCCGUUGACGACGCCAUGGACUGACAAAGUCGGAACCGACCCUUGGCCGGAAUAUCCACGUCCGCAGCUGGAGCGGUCUGAAUGGGAGAAUCUAAACGGUAUUUGGCAAUAUCAAAACGCACCGGACCUUAGUUCUCUCAGCAGUCCCCCGUUUGGACAGUCCCUAUCAAACGAGGUGCUGGUGCCAUCCUGUCUUGAGAGUGGUCUAUCUGGAAUUCAGGGCAAAGAUACCUUAUACUCAUGGUACACUACGAGCUUCACUGUGCCGAAGACAUUCAAAGACCAAAAUGUUCUAUUGAACUUUGGCGCAGUAGACUACGAGGCGACAGUGUUCGUCAAUGGCAAGAAAGUUGGCUUCCAUCGAGGUGGCUAUUUCCAUUUUGCAUUUGAUAUCACACAAUUUGUGAACCUUGAUGGCAAAAACGAACUUCUCGUCUUUGUGCACGAUCCCACAGACAGUGGAGACAAUGUUAUCCCUAUCGGCAAGCAGAGAUUAAUUCCUGCGCAUAUCUUCUACACGCCCUGCAGCGGCAUUUGGCAGAGUGUCUGGAUCGAAGCAGCCCCCGCAGAUCACAUCACGAGGCUGGAUCUUGAUGCUGACAUGCACGGCAAAGUUACGGUUACCGUAAAUAGUGCGACGAAAUACGGAACGGCGGUCAAGGUCAAGGUUUACGACGGAGAUAAGGAGGUUGGAUCCGGUGAGGGAAAUGCAGAUGAGACCUUCGACUUCAUUGUGGAUGAUGUAGAGCUUUGGUCACCCGACUCACCAAAAUUGUACAACGUGACUGUCACGAUGGGUGACGACGAGGUGCAUAGUUACGCCGGUUUCCGCACGAUUUCCAAAGGCAAGGUAGAUGGUGUGCUCCGUCCGUUGCUGAACGGUGAAUUUGUCUUCAUGUUCGGCACCCUGGAUCAAGGCUACUGGCCUGACGGGCUGUACACACCCCCCAACCGAGAGGCCAUGGUAUACGACCUCAAGUUCUUGAAGGACCUUGGCUUCAAUAUGGUCCGGAAACAUAUCAAAGUCGAACCAGCGCUUUUCUACCGAGCAUGCGAUGAGAUGGGGCUCUUAGUUAUCCAAGACAUGCCCUCUCCCCGUCCCCUACAGACCCAGAAGGAUGCCAAUUGUGUCGCCACCGACAUAAUUCCCAAUGAGUCGCAGCAAGAAGAGUUUGCUCGGCAGUUAGAGCUUCUCGUGAACCAGUCCAAGAGCUAUCCAAGUAUCAUUACGUGGGUCAUCUACAACGAGGGCUGGGGUCAAAUCACCAAGUACUACCCUGAAUUCAAAUUGACGGACCGGGUGAAGGAGCUGGACCCCAGUAGACUAGUUUCUUCAACAUCGGGCUGGGUGGACCAUGGAGCAGGCGACUUCAGCGAUAAUCAUCAUUACGCCAACCCGCAAUGUGGAACUCCCUUCUACUCGCUGGCAUCUAGUCCCCACGAUUCGUCCCGCAUCGCUAUUCAAGGAGAGUUCGGAGGCAUCGGUCACAAUGUUUCUAUCGAGAACCUCUGGAAUGUUCAGAAGGCUAUAGACCAUGUUAACGAGACUUAUGAGAUUGAUACAACUCUCGAAGCAUGGAACUACCGCAGUCACCUUCUUCUCACAGAGUUCGAGGAUCAGAUUCGCAGAUUUGAAUGUAGUGCAGGCGUCUGGACGCAAACCACCGAUGUUGAGGGCGAAGUUAAUGGAUUAAUGACGUACGAUCGCCGAAUCAAGCGUGUAGAUGAGCAGCAGUGGAAAGAUGAUAUCCAGGCGCUUUACGACGCGGCUGCAAAGCGAGGUGCUCAGUCAAAGAAGGAAGCGUAGAGAACAUGCCGUGAUGAUUACUAUGUUGAUGUUCUGGUUAGUGGUUUGGCACUCUAUUUUUGUAUAGGCCUUUCUUUCUGUUGAACUGAGUAUUGAUCAUGCCCUCCUUUUCUUUUAUCCUGUUGAGUUUGUCCUGUACAUGCUUUUAGUC